AUGACAGAUCUGCUCACUGAUGUCAUCGAAGGUAUAGGCGCCAAACACGGUCUUCACCCUCGCUCGAGCUCCUCUUACCCCCUCGACGAGCAAGGCGAGGAUACCGUGGCCGGGGUGACCACCAAGAAGGGCAGCAUGGACCCAGAACUCUCACUCACCGCUUCCGAUGCCGACCUCUUCGCAGACGAGCAGAUAACGCCCGAAGACCCAGAGACCCCACCGUCUCCCGCCAUACGUCGCCGUCGGCGACCGCGACAUACAGCCAGCGUCACUCACGGCUCCGGACACCGAUCGCCGGGCAGCCCCGACGCCAUCGGCCCCUCGCAGUCCAACAGCCCCGGGCGGAGAUCCCGUCUCCGUCGCCCGAGGGACAUCGCCCCUCCCCGACGGCGCUCUUCCAGCCGCUCGAACGCCAGCCGCGAUCGGUCUCCACGACGACGCCCCGCCGAGCGCCAUACUCUCAUCAACUCCGGGUGGGCAGUGCGUAAAUUGAAAGAUGCACUCACCGAGCGCAACAUCCCGUUUUUCGAAUCUGACAGGAAAGCAAGAUUACACCAACGCCUGACUGAACACCAGCGGAACACCACAGCACUUCCGGGUUCCCAGCGCCGCGUCGGCAGCAACGCCAAUGACGUCACUAUGCGAACCACGGCCGUAGCAGCGCUGCCGCACACGUGGGGCCAGGUUGCAUCGCACCCCCCCCAGCAUGCCCUCAACCCAGAGGCCACCCACCUGGCAGGCUCCCUCGUACAGCCUUCACUUCCACCCCAUGCACCCCUUCCCACCCUUCCUUCGUUCCCGUUCCCCCCCCCCUACCCCUACCCCUUUCAUUACCCUUCCCUCCCCCAUCUUCCAAAUGUGUGUAAUACUAACCUGCAUACAACCUUUCAUUCCACAGGUCAGCCAGCAUCAGUUCACAACUUCAUUCCACAGCACGUACCUCCACCCGCCAGGCCCACCCUAACCAUAGCAACACCUCCAGCACACCCACCCACCCGACCAUCCCCGUUAUCUAACUCCAUCAGGCAGCAGAUUCUCACCGGUAACUACGUCGACCUCGCCCAACUCAUCCACCCAUCAGCUAGCAACACCCAGACCCCUAGAGAACUGCUCACCAUAUUCGGCCCCAUCGAGCUGAGCCAGCCUCUCCCCACCCGGUCAAAAGAACUCAUGACAACGGAGUUCGCGUACGCUUUCUCCCUGUACCGUGACGUCAUCUGCUCUGCCCUACCCGACCGCAGGCCCGAGCUGGACAACUACUUAACGUUAAUCCUCAAUUUAGCCUUGCGGUUCGGCAACAACGGAUUCUAUAGCUACCACGUCCUGUUUGCUUCCGAGGCCGCCGGCCGCGUGCAACAGUACAACCAGGCCCCCCGCCCCAACCCUGUCAAACCAGCCCCCCACCCUCCCCCCAAGGACACAGACCGGAGAGGAAGACCCAUCCUCUACCAGGGCGGGAAGACGGUCUGCAACAAUUUCAAUGACUUGGGAUGCAACGCCUCCAGCUGUCGAUUCCUCCACACCUGCUCCUUCUGCGGCGGGGCCCACACAAAAUCAACCUGCCCCCAUAACCCUCUAAAACACAGGCUUUGUAAGUACCUCGGGACACCGAUUAACAUCCCCGCGUUAGCCUCCGCACUGGAGGGACACCCAGACCCCCAGUUCACGAGUUAUCUUUUACAAGGUCUCACUCACGGUUUCCACCCAGGCGUAUCCGCAGUACCACAGUCUUCCUUUACGUGCAAAAACCUGCAGUCAGCCACUGCCGAGCCUGACAUAGUUGCCAAACUCUUAGCCCAGGAAGUUAAAAACUCAUUUAUGAUCGGCCCACUCACCAGCCCACCUUUCCCCAUAGUUAGAAUAAGCCCCAUCGGAAUAGCUACCAGGAAAUAUUCGGGCAAAAAGAGGCUAAUUAUAGACCUCUCAGCACCUCGCGGCUCCUCCACCCCAAGCAUUAACAGCCUCAUCCCCAGCGCAGACUACUCCAUGCAGUACACAACAAUUGGCGAUGCCACAUCCCUCAUCCGCCUCGCAGGCCGAGGAGCCUGGCUGUCCAAAGCUGACAUCACCAGCGCUUUUAAAAUAAUGCCCAUCCACCCGGAUUACUGGCACCUCUUCGGCGUCUCCUGGAACGGCGCUUACUACUUUGCCGUACGCCUGACCUUCGGGUGCAAAAGCAGCCCCAAAAUCUUUGACUGCUUAUCCGAGGCACUCUGUUGGGUCCUAGUGAAUGUCCAUAAACUCCCCUACGUCAUCCACCUCUUGGACGACUUCCUCACCGUCACACCACCUUCCUCCCCCCCGGCACACGGCCUCCAUGCCCUGACCUCCUUGUUCCAGGAACUCGGCGUCCCCCUUUCUGCAUAGAAAACCGCAGGUCCCAGCACGUCACUGGAAUUCCUCGGCAUCACCCUCGACUCGGUCCUAUUCAAAGCGUCUCUACCCCUCGAGAAAAUCAACCGCAUUUCCCUUAUCAUCUCCAAUUUCCUCCUGACCCCCACAUGCACCAAGCGCCAACUCCUCUCACUGCUAGGCCACCUUAAUUACGCCAUUCGUAUCAUUCCCCAAGGUCGUUCCUUCUUUUCCCACCUUCUCUCAGUCGCCGCUUCCACCGAAAACCUCCAGACACAAGUCACGCUCGACAACGCAUGCCAAACAGAGCUUAAACUAUGGCACCAGUUCCUCUCCUCGUGGAAUGGAAUCUCCUUCUUCUAUGAUGACCACAUUACAAAACCGGAAGACAUCCUGCUCUACACAGACGCAGCACCCUCAAUAGGCUUCGGCGGCCUCUUCGGCAACAAAUGGUUUUCAGCCGAUUGGCCGGUGGAAUUUGCGUCCUUGACUGCCUCCUCCGCGAUCUCAGAAUUAUAUCCCAUCGUCAUCGCAGCCAUUCUUUGGGGGCCUGAAUGGUCCAAAAAGACAAUAACUUUUUACACCGACAACAGCGCAGUAGUUUACAUAAUCAACAAAGGGCGGUCACGCUGCCCAGACCUCAUGCAGUUCAUCCGCAGACUAACCCUAAUUUCAGCCCGGUGUCAGUUCAUCAUCAGAGCCACCCACAUCCCAGGUCACAAAAACCUCAUCGCCGAUUCACUCUCCCGUUUCUCAUUUCAGAAAUUCAAACGAUUAGCACCAGCCUCAGAACCCCAGCCGACUCCGGUCCCACCGUUUUCAGCCACCAUCUUCAUCUGACCCCUCAACUACGACACCUGAUCUCCGCCUCCCAAGAUGCCAUCAUCACUAGCGUCGCACCACGAACACUGUCUUCGUACCUCACAGGAUGGCACAGCUUUAAAGCUUUUCACGCCUUUGCCGGCUUGCCAUUCCCAUCACUCGACGUCCUCACCCUCACAAACUUCGUCACAUACGCCCACUCCCGCACCAUCAGGUCGGCUACCAUAAAAGUCUACCUAAGCGGAAUCAAUUUCCUCACCAAACUGUCCACAGGGGCGCCCUGUCCCGCCACAAACCACUCGCACAUAGCCAUGCUCCUUA